UAGCACAAAGUGGGGCCCCAGUCUCGGCGUCCAGCCGGGGUCCUCCCGAGCCAGCCCGAAGCUGCCUGGAGCUCUGGAGCUGCGAGCAGGUCCCUGCAGGACCAUUAUGGGACGGCUCGACCCACGCUCGGAAUGAUUCAAUGUGGCCCUGAAACUGGACCAUCUCCGGAGUGGUGGGUCUAUCACCCUCUGACCCCAGGAGACUUGCGGGACCUCCAAGUGGAACCUGUUAAGAGUAAUGUUUCAGCUGAGGACUAUUCAAUUCUGAUGAACAUAAGCUGGACACUCCGGGCAGACGCCAGCAUCCUCUUUUUGAAGGCCACCAAGAUCUGCGUGACAGGUUAUAAAAACUUCCGGUCCUACAGUUGUGUGAGGUGCAAUUACACAGAGGCCUUCCAGACUCAGACCAGACCCUCUGGUGACAAAUGGACUUUUUCCUACAUUGGCUUUCCUGUUGAACUGAAUACACUCUAUUUCAUUGGGGCCCAUAAUAUCCCCAAUGCAAAUAUGAACGAAGAUAGCUCUUCCAUGUCUGUGAAUUUCACCUCACCAGGCUGCCUAGACCAUGUAAUGAAAUACAAACACAAGUGCAUCAAGGGUGGAAGUCUGUGGGAUCCAAACAUCACUGCUUGUAAGAAGAAUGAGACAACAGUGGAAGUAAAUUUUACGACUAGUCCCCUUGGAAACAUAUACAUGGCUUUUAUCCAAAGCAGCACUGAGAUUGAGAAUCCUGUGAUGUUGGAGAGCAAUCAAACUUACAUUUCUGUGGCGAUUCCAGUGACCGGGGAAAGUGAAGGUGCUGUGGUACAGUUGAUUCCAUAUUUCCAUACUUGUGGCACUGACUGCAUCCGACGCAAAGGAACUGUUGUGCUCUGCCCACAAAUGGAUACCCCCUUCCCUCCGGAUAGCGGUGGCUGGCUGCUGCUUCUCCUCCUUGCCCUGCUGGUGGCCACAUGGGUGCUGGGGGUUGGGAUCUAUCUAACGUGGCGGCAUGAAAGAAUCAAGAAGAUUUCCUUUCCUAAUACCACAUUACUGCCACCCAUUAAGAUUCUUGUGGUUUACCCAUCUGAAGUAUGUUUUCACCACACAGUUUGUUGCUUCACUGAAUUUCUUCAAAACCACUGCAGAAGCGAAGUUAUACUUGAAAAAUGGCAAAAAAAGAAAAUAGCCGAGAUGGGUCUAGUGCAGUGGCUUACCACUCAGAAGAAAGCUGUGGAUAAGGUCAUCUUCCUUCUUUCCAAUGAUGUCAGCCCCAUGUGUGAUGGCACCUGUGGCAGGAGCCAGGGCAGCUCCGGUGAGAACGCCCAAGACCUGUUCCCCCUGGCCUUUAACCUCUUCUGUAGCGAUCUGAGAAGCCAGACUCACCUGCACAAAUACAUGGUGGUCUAUUUUAGAGAGGGUGAUACCAAAGACGAUUACAAUGCCCUCAAUGUCUGCCCCAAGUACCUCCUCAUGAAGGAUGCUCCCACUUUCUGCACAGAACUUCUCCGUGUCAAGCAGCAAGCCUGCCACAACCACUGCUCCUUGUAGUCUACCCAUGAGAAGCAAGAGACCUUGAUGCCCUUCUACCCGUCCGAAACAAGGAAAAAGAACAUCUCUGAUGAUUCUAGCUUAUUCUUUGGACUACUUGUAGGGGGAAAAAAAUACACAUAUAGUAGCAUAUACACUUUAGCAGUAGGAAUAGGGUGGAUUCAAAACUGAGUACGUAUGCCUUAGUCCAAUACUUAAAAAAUUUUAUGCCAAUGAUAUACAAAAUAUAUGAUAUAUCAUAUGAUAUACAAAAUAUCACUACCAUAACAUUAAAGAACAGAAACUACAUUUAUUAUAAAGCUAAAAUCAAUUUCAUUAAAAAUCAACAACUUAAAAUGUAGAACUCUAACCAUUCUGGUAAAGUAUCUUCCAGCCAAACAUCCAAUCUGGAAUAUUAGCAUAUGCACUGGACUGAACAGUUUAGACCUAAGUUUAAUUAAUGAAUGACAAAUUUAAGAAGCCCUCAAUUAACUUAGGGAAAAGUCUUGUUUCACACAAGUCUUUAAGAUAACAGAAAUAGGGAACAAGCUGAAUCUGUCUUUGCUGAUAGAUGACCCGUUUAUAUCACUUGCUUUAUUUAAUAUUUGCCUGGGGCUGUCCCUCUCCAAAUUAGAUUCAAGUCUUUAUAGAAGGGAUUUUGAAAACAAACACAAAAAUAUUUUUUUAAUGCAGAGGUCAUCAAAAGGCUAAAUUUAUACUAGCAAGUAUUUCCCUAGGAAUGCUUGUAUCUUUCAAUGUAAUAUUGAACCUAGUCUAGAAUGUGGAUCAUUUCCAGCUAAAUGACUUAAAAUGUGCUAGCAGAUUAUCCUUAAAGGCCAUGCGCCACUUCUAUUACAUGUGUGAUGGAUAAAAUAAAAACCAGAAUAAAGAAGUGAAGUUCACUGUGCCCAGCUUUCACAAGCAGAGAUGUAAUAAUGGCUGAGGCAGUGCUUAAUGUGGUAAAGUUCACUUGUCAUGAUUAGGUUUCACAAUGCUUUUAAGACUUCAUAAUAGUAGUGGACAUGGCUUAUGCCAAAACUUGGAUGAAAACUCAAAUUCCUGAAUAAACAUCUACCAGCAUAAGGCCUAAGAGCAUAGGAUAUGCUAUUACCAUGUGAAAAACUAUUAUGAACAUAAAGACACUAUGCUUUUAGAACUAGGUAACAGAUACUACAAUGUGUUGAAACAGUUCAGAAACACUGUAAAUUUAUUUUCAAAAAUAUUUUUAAAAAUACAAUUUCAAAUUGAAGGCAUACAUCACACAUAGUACUAGCAAGUUAAAAUUGUUAUACUUGUGAACGAUUGCUUGUUCCUAACCUGUUGUACCAACACUAUUAAUGCAAAAUGUUCCAGUACCAGCAUUUCUCCAGUACCAGCAUUUCCCAAGACAUGUAACCAUUCCUGUUCAUUCUGUAUUCCACUCAUCUUUUAUCCAUCCCUACUUUAGCCUUCCUCCAGUCCCACCCUCAGUUCUUGAUAAGUGAGGUGGUGGAAGCAUGUGCCUAAUGGGGAUUGGCAGGAGUCAGGCUUUCUCUUGAUUCCCCACCCCCCACCCGUCUGAGCACCCACCUGUACUUAUUGGCUCCUGUGUCUGGAUAAUGCCUUCUCUUCCUGCCAUGGGUUCAAAAGGCUUCACUAAGGUCUGGACCACGGAUGGAAAUAGCUGUCUAUAUUUUGAUUUUGAUGCAAAUUGCUCACAUAUUAAAGAUAAUCAAACAGAAUACAAAGAACUCCAAAAGCUUCCAUUUGGUUAUUCAGCUAAAGGGAAACUGGUGGCUUGAUGAUUAACUUAUUAGUAAUGACAGGGCUCACUUUUUUAUCGUACAACACAACCUAAUAAUUCUAAAUUUUAUCUGUCUUUUGUUUGGCUUCAAAAAGGAAAUAAGCUUGUCCUUUCAGUUUUUAUUGUUUUGGUCAAAUAAUGGUUUUCUUUCCCUAAGCCCACCCUAUGGCAUAUUAGGUAACAAAUAUCAGCUAGCUAAAUUCUCUGCCUCUGAAUAUCUACACCUGAAUGGGCUCCAAUCUUUUUUGUACUCCAAUAGAAAACGGGCAGAAAAAAACCCCUCUUUUUCCCUAUUUGGAAUUCCAAAACAUAAGUGAGGACAUAUGUGCUUGUUGUACUACACAAGAAAGAAAAGGGCAUGCCACAGACUUCUGGCAAUCUGUGUGCACAGAUCACAUGCUUGUGGUGCCCCGUGGCAGCAUGAGAUACUGUGCUUGAAGAUACUAUCGACCUACAUGAAGUGACUUACAUGAAAGACUUCACUGCUUGAGGACUGCUCAACAGUAUUUUACAUCAUUGAGACAUGUAUGAGACCCUGAGAAAGGGCAGGAGAAUUUAGCACCAAAGAGAAAGUUUAUGUUCAUUCUCAAAUGUCCUGACUAUAAAAGCAGCUUAUAAUUUCAAACCAAUGUCAUGUUGUCAACAUAAAAUUUAAAAUUCAUUUAUUAUCCAAGAACUUAAGCAUUUAAGUCAAUAAAUUAAAAAACGUAAU